CCAUAAAUGAAUUGUAUUUUUUUGAGAUGUCUGUUGUUUCCAUCAAAAUAAAAUAAAACACUACGAGGCAUUCGAUUGUAGUGAACGAAAUUUGUUUUGAACAUCAAAGUUGGUGUCUGUGUAAAACUAAUUAACCGCCUGCGCCAUGGGGGAAACUACCGAACAAUGGAGGGCCGCAAUUGGCCGAUGGAGUGGCGGAAGACCUGGGAAGUAUAUGAUUAUGGAAAAUUUCGCUGGUAGAAAACGCGAUAAUGACAGUUUCAGGUGGUUCAGCUGUUUUCUAUUGGCUUCGCUCCUUGUUAUCGGCUGUGUUGAACUGAAUCCGGGCCCAAACGGUGUAGAGGACAACCCGGCCACGACCUACCAAGACGGAGCUCUUCCCAAGUACAUCAAGAGACCUGGUUCAGUUGGAAUAGAAGGAGAGUUGUAUGGCAUCAGACUGGCUUCGUUCCUCUUCGCGCGGGGCCUCAACAAGACAGAGGAAUUCCAUCUGGCUUCAAACGUCGACGACGCUGGGGCCUUUGAUGACGUGGUCUUUAAGUACAGAUUGAAAGGACAAGAUAUUUGUAAGACGUGUUUCAUACAGCUUAAGCAUAGGAAAACCAAGAAAGUCGAAAAGCCAAUUCUGCGCUCCAACCUCUUACACCUGUCUGGAGAUUUCAGUUUGUUCAAAUAUUUUGAAUCGUACUGUGAAAUUAAACGGAACGUUUCAGAAAAUAGUAUUCUGAAAAUGUAUGGAUCGUUUGUUGACUUCGAGUUUAUAAUUUACACUAAUGCCAGUCUGAAAGGCGGCAUUGAAGUUAGAAACGACAAAAACCUAGUGAGCAUAUUGAGUUCAGGGCCAAAUGACGGGAAAUAUGUGACUUUCGAUAAGAAAUCUGGUAAAGAUGUUUUCGACUUUUUUAAAGAACUGUUAAAUUAUUAUAAUUUUCUGGUGCAAAUGGCAGCAUAUACAGAUGAAGAAAUUAAGCAAGAAAUAGAGAAUAAAAUUAGCAACUUUACAAACGGUGACAUAAAAAAGAAACUGGAAAAAUUAAUAUCUGAGCCGAGCAGUGAUGACUUAGGAAAACUGAUCAAGGAACUGGAGAAAUGUGAUUUUUCAUUAUACGAAGAAUUCUUGCAGAAAGUGAAAAUAUUUCAAUGCCAGGCAAAUGAAAGUUCCUUCGUGGAAUUAAUUAAGAAAGAACUUCAGGAAGCUUGUCAUACAUCACCUUCAGGCACAAAUUCCAUCUACGAAAAUCUCAAACAAGUUUUGGAAAACUGGUGGAAAGAAGAAGGAGAAGUAGAUAGGCUCAGCGAAGGUUCGCGUCUCUGGCAAAAUAUCAAACAGCUUUGGAUUGAGAAGAUAAAGGAAUUAUCGAAAAUAGACGUUCAAGGAUCCAUUGAAUUUGGUAUACGUUUCACUGAACAACAUAUGCAACCACUGUCUGAAGCCUUGCAACGCAGCAAAUUAUUAAAAGUCAUUACCAAAAAAAAAUUGUGGCACUUUAUCCAAAUUGAAAAUAUAUCAGGCUCUCAAUUCUUUAGCUCAAGAAAAUUCAUUAUUUAUUAGUUUAAAAUCUUUACUGGAUCGACGUGAAGAAAUUCGUGAAUUCUGGCCUUGCAAGUGGAGUUCUGUCUUGGUCAUUGACUGUGAGGAAGGCUCUGACAAUGAUGAUAAAAAUUUGGCCGAUAUUCUUACGG